CUUGUCCGUCAUGGUCGAAUUAUCUGCACUCGAUCUCGAUAUCAGGCCAGGCGAUGGUCUCGGCAUGUUUAGUCUUGGUUCAUCUUUAUGGACGGUGCUCGACCUCCUGCGCACUCACCAGCAUUCAUUUCCCCACGUCGACGUCAAGUAUGACCCAGAUACCUCGCUCACGCCAGUUGUUCUCCAUAUACGUCCGCAUCUCGACUUGCUUUUUUCUGCAACACAUCAACGUCUUCACACCAUAUCUGUCCGUCGGCUGCGAGAUCCUUCUCCGCCACUCACUCUCCGUUACAGAGACUCCGUCCUCUCAUCCCCUCAAAUCGAGCUUCGUCGAGUACAAGUCAAUCUUUCUCUUGGUCCGACGUACGAUGGCCAGGAUUUGAGAUAUCCUGGGGUCUCAUUCAGCUUCGACGAGGAUCCGUUGAGCCACACUCAUACGGAACGGAUGAACUCACGGAAACCACCAGGUGGCACCGGUCAGGAGGAUAGGAUGCAGCAGGUUAAGCAGAUCUUAAUCUCACAGACGGCUCAAGAUGGCGAAACUAGGGACGCAUUGAGCGAGGUGGACGAGUGUAAAGCCAUGUAUGGCGAGCUCGCAGAGGCGAUUGUGAAGGUUCAUGAUGGCGUCGUACUGCGAUUCUACCCCACAUCUUCGUCCGAGACCGUUCAUGUCCGGCUUGGUGUAACGACUGCUCAAGACCUCAUAUGCGACUUGGGCCCGCCUCUGCGGACGUUUUACAAGGAGGACGAUCGUAUGACUAUUCAUUCUCGAAGCCGUAACGAGGUCAAAGGCCCUGAACCUUCAUAUUUCUAUAACUACUUCCAGCACGGCAUUGACUUCUUGAUCUCGGAACACACUCACCUUGUGAAGAAGAUCGUACUCCACUCUAACGUUCCCGGUACGCCCCUAUUUCAGCGAUAUCAGAGAUGUCCCUGGCAAAUUGAGGGACGCCCGGAGGAUGACGAAGAUGAUUCUCCGCCCCGCGUCAAGUUUGAAGAACGAGUCGAGACUAUCAGUCAUUUUCUACACCCCGGCGAAGCUCCUCCGUCUAUGCUCUACAAUCGCACCGAUGGGGAAGACGCGCUGACCUUACCUAGCCCUACUACACGGUUGCUCGGCUUCGACGGCAUUAUCCUGGAAGCAACACAGACCGCCCAAGUUGUCUCAGUGACGUUGUUUUGAACCCUCCCGGGUUCUCCCUAUUUAUUUAUGGCCGUUAUAUCGCAUACCAUCAUCUUCGUACUCUUGUACUAUCUGAGCCAUCAUUGCCGGCCUUACCUGGACCUUCUGUGGACAAAGCUUGGAGAAAGACUUAUUUAUAUAACC